AUGCUUGCGAUCUUUUCCUUUGUCUUUGAAGGUCGACAGCAGAGGACAAGAGGUCGACAAGAUCGCACACUGGCCCCGAUUCUCCUCCUCUUUCUGACCUCCACAACCUUGUACUUGAUCUCAAAGUACUUUGCAGAAGAUUUCUCUGCUACCCAUCCAGUUACAGAGGAAACACAGCUCGCUACAUCAGAGAGCACCCCAGUCUCGCCACUUCUCCGCGAUUAUGAGAAGGUUUUGCUCCGCAAGCGGCGGGAUCGUCCCAAUGAUCAGAAGAGCAACAACAACUACCCUGUGACAUGGCAACUGGUCCCUCCUGCUACCAACAAGCGCGGCGUUUCAACUCACAAAGUCAAGUUCAACAAGGCUGGCUCAUCAGACGUUUCGUGGAAAAGGGGGGAAGAUAAUUUCGACAUGAUUCAGCUUGACGUGAAAGGGUCGCUACACAACAGGAGCGUUGAUGUCCUUCUUUCACAUCGUGUUAACAUUCCUAGUUCCGAUGCUGAAGCCAAAAUAAGUAAACCACCUGAUGCAAAUAAACCGGACAAAAUUUCUACAAACGAUUACGAGAAGGGGAAGCUUUCAUCUCUGGACAAAGGAUCCCAUGAUAUACUGCAGAAACAUGGAGAGAAGAUUUCUGAUUCCAAUCACAAGCCGGUGGACUCUAACCUCCCACCAGCAAGCGAAGAAUCAUCACUACGAGCUGGAGAAGAGGCCUCUUCUUUCAUCGAUGACGAAGCUUAUUUCGUCGUCAAGAGAAAACCUGGCAACAACAAAGCAGAGUUCUUCGACAUAAGCCCAGAGAAUACCCACCCCACGUCCCUGGAGAAGGGAAUCCGUGCGGUAGACGAAGAAAUCAUCUUCGUAAUCGAAGAAGACGAUGUCUUGAGAAGCAAAAAACAGUCGACUGAAGAAGACGUCAAGUCACACGUUGUCUUCACCGGACCCGGCACCUUUGAUACCGUAGACAAGCAGAGUGAUCCGCAGAGCUCACAUACGAAGUCUCCUUCAGACAUGUUCAAUCAGCAUGAUCACCUCGAGCAGGAUUUGAUGAUUCGACAGAAGGUAAUUCCCAUCGCUAAUGAAGGCAAAAUCCCAUCAACAGAUCAAGAAGGCAACGAUGAAGAGCUAUACUUCACGGAAAGAGUUGGUACUCAACAAAAACAUCUCCCUGAAAAAGAAAGAAAAACCUCCAGCCACAGUCUCGCUUCAAGUUCCCGGUUCAAGCCUCGAAAAACGCGAGAAAUUAGCGACAUAAUCUAUGAAGAAGGUUCAGGCGACAGAAUUGCAACUACCCAAGUACCGGUGCAGCAUUCAACUAGAACCAACGUGUCCGACCGUACAAGUACUGUUGAAAACGACGUAGUUCCUACAGCACGUAUCACAAGACAAAGUAGUGCAAGUACGGCAACAGCCAGCGGCAGAGAAGCAGCUGACGGUGUUACAGAAACAGUUGCAACUCCCGGCCACUGGAUAAUACACUCCGAGCUCAUGCCAGAAGUUCGAGAGUACACCGGCUCUGCGCAUUAUAAGACAGGGAUGUGGAAUGGAGUUAAACGGAUACUCGUAUCUUUAUCAAAACAGUGGAAACCAUUGGGAACACCUCGGAACCACAAUGACUGGUUUGUCGUUCUGGACUAUCAUGUCAGUUACACUAUGAAGAAGCUGCGGAUUGUGAACUAUGGUUGUGACUGGAACCACGACGUCAAGGCGUUCACCCUGCAAGUCUCCGCCACGGGUAGCCCUUACCGGUGGACUCACGUGUUGACGGUCACCGACGUGGCGACGAACUCAUCACUCCCGCAGUACUACGGAGGUUUCUCCGCGUCAGGUCGCUACUGGAGGGUCACCGUAACCGCCACCUACUCGGGCUGGGAGCCGUGGAUUAGGACAUUUCAGUUGUUUGGCAUCAAAGAUUGUCGGAGAGAUGUCGUGCCUGACAUCAUGUUACCUCUAAAAGCGGAAAUCUGUUGUGUUCCAGGUCACCUAAACUGGAAUCCAGAGCCUGAGCUGAGAGGACUGCAGUGUUCCACCACUGCCAGCUGCAGGGUGUGCGGAGGCAUGACGGGAAAUUCUUGUGGCUGUGACAAGGCAUGCAGGACAUUUGGAGACUGUUGCCAUAACUACGAGGCCGCCUGUGGUGAUGACGUAACAGAGAACGAAGAUGUCCCGGAUGUGAUACAGCCAGACUCCUGCAAGGGACGAUGUAACAAGGAGAACGUCGUCAGCAAAGUGACGUGCAACUGCACAAGUUCCUGCAACAUGACGGAGACUUGCUGUGACGAUUUUGAAGACGUCUGUCGGGGUGCAAAGGACGAUGGGACAGGUGACGUCAACAUCACUCCAACAGAAGUCAUCCAGCCGCUGCAGUGCGUUGCCCCCUGGAACUUCCGUUCUCACUUCUGGCUGGUCGCGAGUUGCCCGCCCGGCUAUGAAGACGACGUCGUCAGGGGGAUGUGCGAGACGUCGUACGGAAACGGCGACGUCGACAUGUUUCUCCACGCUCCAGUCACCGACAACUCCACCGACACCAACUACAGAAACGUCUUCUGUGCCCUGUGUAACAACGCUAGGUUCAUGAUAGGCUGGAAAAUGGUUGCCAAAUGUGGCUACAAACCUGCCGACCCACUAAAAACCAUACUGCAAGAUAAAGACGACAUUUGUGAGCACUACUUCCGACCUAGCGUUGCCCCUGCGCGACUUUGUUUCCCUCCCCACACCACGUCGCCUCGUCCAAGCCUGCGCUGUGAUCCUGAAAAGUGCCGCAACACAACGGCUGUUUUCUACGUAAAGGCUGAACCAUUUAGAAACUCUGCUUGUGCGGAGUGUUACGCUGACGAGGACGACCUUUUCGAUACUUCUUGUAAAGCGGAUGAAUCUAUAUUUGUAGGUUUUCUCGGUACAAUCACGGUCCUCUUCGACUACUCAAACAUUUUGCAAAGCAAGAUGUCGUCCACUGAGCUCGAAGUAUUCGACCAUACGGAGUCUUGUUCUGUAGGGUUCAUAUACGACCCAUUUCGCGACAACUGUCGCAAGAUUUCUUUCGUGCCUCCGAAACAAGUUCGCAAAGAUACAGGUGUAAAAGUGGCAGAAGCUUCUUUCGAGAACGAUCCCGACGACCUCCCAGAACUAACUCCAAGUCCCACCAAGUCUCCCUAUGAGUUUCUUGGUCCCACUGAUAAUCUGGCAACUCAAAGCUUAAAUUUCCCGCAGCAAAGUGCUACAUUUCUUGUAAUCAACACUGUUUCUGGUGCUUCUGCACUAGUUUCUAUCCUAUAUCUCAUAUCCGGCCUUCGCCACUAUGCACGCGCCGAAUCCGCGGUGAAAAUCUGGCUCUUGGCAUGCCUUCUUCUGGCUCAUAUCAGUCAGGUCGUGGGCCAGGUCGUUCCGUCAGCAGCCUGUUGUACAGCCAUGUUGGUGUGCACGCUCUGUUUCUGCCUCGCCGCUGGCCUGUCUCUCACUGCCACAAUCCACCACCUGUCUAUCCUACAGCGAGGCGGUACCUGUAAAGCAGCUGGCCAUCUCUUAGUGAUUGUGCUCAUUCCGAUGGCAAUGUCGGGAGGUUACGUUGCACUGGAUGACUCAAUCCGCAUGGGGGCAUCCCAGCCUUUGUAUAGUCUCCCAAUCUGUUGGAUCGACGACCCUGUAAAAAUGGCAGUCGCCGUGGUAGUGCCUUUACUGAUCUGUACAUUAGUCGACCUCUACUUCCUAUUGCGCAUUGCUAUGAGGUGCGUUACUGCCGAUAUCGUGCAGUACCGCUUUCUGGCGCAGGGGGCGCUACUGUUUCUCCCAUUCACGGCUGCAAUGACGACAGGCGUUCUCACAGCCUACAACGAUUCAGAACCACUGCGCACGGCUUUUCUAUACAUGUUGAUCACAUUGGGUGGGGUGGAGGGGUUCCUUUUCUUGGUGUUUUCGAUUGUUGAAGAUCAGAGAGGAAGUGCUAACGUUGUUAACCCUCCUUUGCCAAAACCACUCGAAUCCCUGAGUAGCCAGUCUGCUCUAUAAAA